AUGAUGCUACAACACCAGCAGCAGCAACAGCAACAACAACAGCACCAGCAACAGCAGCAGCAGCAGCAGCAGCAACAACAGCACGGCCUCCCCGUGUCAAUGCCGAAUGGUACACAAGGACUCAAUGCGGCUCAAAUGGCGGCGAUGCAAGCAAACCCUGGAAUGCGGCCCGUCAACAUGAUGCAUAUUCCGCAGCAAAUGCCACAUGGCCAACCGCCAAGUCUCCAGCAGCAGCAGCAAUUCUUCGCGAUUCAGCAAGCACAGCAGCAAGCGCAGCAGCAGCAGGCACAGCAACAGGCGCAGCAAGCUCAGCAUGCCCAACAACAGGCGAACAACGGACAAUCAGGGCAGCAUACUCCGCAACGUACAUCGGCACAACCCUCCAAUAUGCAUGAACAAAGCGCCACUCCGCAGUCGCAGCAUGGUGGUCCGCAACCCGGCGGUGGCGGCACCCCUCAACCUCCUCAACCUCCUCAACCUCCCCAGCCGCCAUCCACACAAGCCCCGCAAGCGCAAGGUCCGCCUCAGGGCCAGCCGACUCCUAAUGCACCGCCGCAACAAUUGCCACAAGCUCAACAGCCGGGUCAACAGGGUCAACCGGGCCCGCAGCAACAGCCUCCCCAAAAUGCCCAGGGCCAGCAAGGCCAGCAACCGGGUCCGCAAAGUCAACAGCUGACUCCCCAGGAGGCCCAAAUGAAAGCACAGCAACAUCAAAAUGCUAUCAUGUUGCAGCAACAGCAGCAGCAACAGAGAAAGAACCACGCGAUUUUGACCCUUUACGCCUACUCUGAACAUCUAGGCAACUUCCAAUCUCGCAAUGAAGCACAAGAUCUAUCAUAUUGGCAAUCCUUUGUUGAACGUUUCUACUCACCUGGUGGUGUGUUGCGGCAGGGCGUCUGGAACAAUUCGACCGGAUCUAAACAGUUUGAGAUCGCAACUCCCGCUCUGGCUCGUUAUUACCUGACCCAGUUCACGAGUGGGAUUAGUCAAGUUCAAAUGAUGGUGGAAGGUGCUCGCGAACGGGAAGCUCCUAACGGGGGUCAUUAUGUGGAAGCCCCCAAAUGUUCAUUCAUUUAUUGGUUCAAGAAUGAGUGUCAGCUUUUCACAAACGGCACCCUGCGCGCGCAUUUUGAUAUGCACAACAAGCUUGAGAUGCUUGAUCUUCAUGUUCAUAGCCACAACGAGUUCAUUCCGCGGUCUCUGUUGUUGGCCCUAGAGGCGGAUUCCCAAAAACAAAGUCCCAAGGUCCCGAAAAAUGCCAAACGCGCCCAGACUAAGAUGACACCAUCUUUAGCGCUGCCAGAAUCCAUGGUGACUGCCAUGGGAGUACCUACGCCAGUCAUGAGUUUCAUGGAGGUAGCCGAGACCAUUGCCCAGAUGCAAAUGCUGUUCCAAUUCUCGCAAGCCAACCCUCAUCUCUCACCACCCGACGCGCUGCGAAACCUUGUCCACUCCCUCCAGGUGCACAAUGCUCCAUUCGUGUCACCUCAGAUGCCUAUGAACCCUGGCAUGAAUCCGGGUAUGAACCCUGGCAUGAGCCCAAACAUGAAUCCAAACAUGAACCCCAACAUGAACAUGAACCCCGGCAUGAAUCCGGGCAUGAGUCCAAGCAUGAACCCAGGCAUGAAUUUGGGCAUGAAUCCUGGCAUGCAGCCCAUGCAGAAUGUCCGGGGCCAUAGUAUGGGAGCCCCAUCACAGUUUGCCUCGCCGGCCAUGGCCCAUCUCGGUCUCCCUGGGCAGCAAGGCUCGCCUCAUCUGACUGGUUCAGCCCACGCGAGCCCAGCCCAAAGCAACCUUGCCGGCCCCCCAGGGACGAUGCAACCGUCUCCAGCCGGUGUGAACAAUAGUCCAAAUGUAGGUGGCAACAAACGUCGCCGGGCAAGCACCGUCAAGAUGGAGUCCGAGGACGGAGGAGUCGAGGCUAACGGUGCCCCGCAACAGAGCCAACCAAAAGUAAAGCCCAGCCCUCGGGUGACGAAGCGACAGAAGGGUGCCGCCGCCUGA